UUUCCUUGCCGCCAGCCAGCCCAUUAACCCUCGUUCCUGUCGCGCAGCCACGACCUCCACUUCCACAUCUCCCCCGGCGUCGGCGCGGUCAGUUGAACCAUGGCGGACUCCAAGGCCACCUCGGCGGUCACCCUCCGCACCCGCAAGUUCAUGACCAACCGCCUCCUGGCCCGCAAGCAAUUCGUGCUUGAGGUGAUCCACCCCGGCCGCGCCAACGUCUCCAAGGCGGAGUUGAAGGAGAGGCUUGCCAAGGCGUACGAGGUGAAGGACCCCAACACCAUCUUUGUCUUCAAGUUCCGCACCCACUUCGGAGGAGGAAAGUCCACUGGUUUCGGCCUCAUCUACGACAACCUCGAGGCUGCCAAGAAGUUCGAGCCGAAAUACCGCCUCAUCAGGAAUGGUCUUGCUACUAAGGUUGAGAAGUCCCGCAAGCAAAUGAAGGAGCGGAAGAACAGGGCCAAGAAGAUCCGUGGUGUCAAGAAGACCAAAGCUGGUGACGCCAAGAAGAAGUAAACGUUCGUUUACAUUUGUAUUACUGUUCUGGGCUCUGGGUGGUCUAGCUGCAAUGUCAUAAUUAUGGUCGUGUUAGGUUUUGUUCCACCCUUGGCACUGAAGUGAUUUUUUUUGUAAUUCCUCGGCACUGAAGUGAAGUUUUGUCUGAAUAUUGCCUCGUAACAUAAUUGCCCGGUCCCUGUUCUAGUUGUGGCGCAGUCUGGUUUGUUUUGACAUUUGUUUUCAAGGUUCAUCCUUAUUUGCAUUGCAUUUGUUUAUGGCUUGACGUUAACAUUUGGAACAAGUAUUUGUCACCGCUCAUGUCGAUGGUGUAAAACAUGAUAGUUAUGUUGUC